AUGGCUGCCCCUGUGCCGGCAGUGGGGUUUGCAAACCUUGGAGCAUCCUGCUUCAUCAACUCCUCGAUCCAAGCAAUCUUCGCUUCGAGUACUUUGCGUCAGCACUUGAAGCCAAACUCGGACUCCGAACAAGCCAUACAUACGAUCUUGCAGGGCAUUCACCAGCCCUCCGAGCGGCGAGUUCCUAAUGACAUCCUCCGCCUCUACUACAACAAUCGACAGGAAGACGCAGCGGAGUUUCUCAAUUAUUUGCUGCUCGAGUGUCCAAGCUUGCACCACGUGCUUCAAGGAAUCGAAGUGCCGCGAUUGAGUUGUCAGCAUUGCAGUCACAGUCGCAACCUACCGCAGGAGAAGUUCCUUGUCCUCCAGCUGCCGAUUGCAUACGAACAGCCACUGUUCUCGGUGCAGUUCGCCAUGGACCGCUACCUUUCGGAAAAGCACCUUAAGAACGACGUCGAGGAGUGGACGUGCUGGCAAGCAGAUUGCUUGAAUGCUGGUGUCGCAGAGGAUCCUUGCUUCUGGAGCACCAGCAUUCUUGAAUGGCCAAAUGUGCUAAUGAUGACGUUGAAGCGAUGGGACAAUGAUGGAGUCCUAACACACCCCGUCGUGUGCGAGCCCAGUUUAAAGGCAGGAACCAAGACGUACAAAUUACAAGCGAUUGUCUCGCACAUUGGUGCCACUGCCGAUUCAGGACAUUAUCUUGCUUACCGGCGACAUGGUGAUAGAAUCCUUCGAUGCAAUGAUCAUGUGAUCACAAUGGUACCAACAUUCGAUUUACCUUCUGACGAAAAGGCGUACAUCCUUCUCUAUGAACAGGACGUUGUGAGCUUCGACGACAACAUGUCCGCAUCCAAGGUGAUCGACCUCGAUGUCAGCAGCGAUUCUGAUGUGGUCAUCGAGUCUGACCGCUGCCACCCAGGUACUAAGCGGCCCGGCUCCGAGCAAGACCAACCACAGAGCAAGCGUUCGACCUCACAAGGUUUGACAGACAUCGAGCUCGAAGCACUUUUGGAACAUGAGAUUGAUUUGUUUCUGCAGGAGGACAAAACGAAUGACCAGCCCGAGAACAAGGUCUCCGAAGAGCAGUCCGACAGUGCUAAAGCACCGCCGCCGAUGCCUACAACAAACCCGAGCAUGCCCUCAGAGCCAGCAAACAAUCAACGCCGGCCCAUGGCACGUUUCACUGCAAAUGAAAGAACAACGAUCUUGGACAUCGUGACGACAUGCAGCUCGCUCAAGGAAGCCAUGCCUCUGUUGCGUGCUGCUGUUCCCGACUUCAACACUGAGCAGCAGAACACUCCAAAGUUCAUCUCGAUGCACACUCUACGUAAUUGGGUUCGGAAGCCGGAUUCUCUCAGAAAAGCUAUUGCCCUCUUGAAUCCGCCAGUGAAUCCGCCCAAAACUCGAGCAGCGCCAGCGUUGUCAGCACGAGCAGCUUUGUCUCCCGAGCUUCAAGAAGGACUCGCAGAGGCAUUGGAAAAUUAUGAAACUCCGCAGCAGAUCAUAGACAUGCUACAUCGAACAGUACCAGGAUUUAGCGUCAGCGAUCAAACAGCUGAGAAUUACGUUCCGAAGACUUCUGUGAUCGAAUGGUGCCGACGUUCGACGGUUCGGACAUGGUUCGCCACCAACACCGAUCAUGCCAAUGACACAUGGGAGAAAGAGUUCGAGAACGUCUUUGGCAUCGUUCAUGUGAAGCCACAACUUCGAGUUGCACCAGUUCUGGACCCAAGCAAUCAGAUAGACCAAUGGUUAGUACAUGGAUCGUGGACGUUCUGCCCCAAGUGCGGGCGACGCCGACCGGCUACCGCCACAAACACACUGAUAUCCGGGCGUGCUGCUUUGAAAUGCAAACUUGGCUGUGAUCCGGAUGCUACAGACCUCUUGAAGCCAGCAGAGCAAGAAGUUAUGUCUCGCAAAUUGAAUGCGUAUGUAACACCGACAUCUCAGUACUGGGAGCCAAUGCUUCUGCACAUGGGAUUGACUGGGCUGCCGCUUGCAAGUCUGUCCACGGAAGAUGUGAACAGUCUUUCAGUGUUAGACCUCAAGAUCGACUACAAGACUCGACGUGGAGGCAAUGCUAGCACAACUAGCAAACAGAAGACCGCUGUUAUUCGUGGACGUUGGAAAGCACUCCCGCUCACAGAGCUGAAGCGAUCCGAUGCUGCCAACCAUGCCUUCUCUUGGCUUGUUGCAAACAACGAGACCUACGCCUUCUGGGUACAACAUCACAGACAGCUAGCGGCGGCCAACAUCACUUCCGAGCAUUGGCGCGAAAUCCCUACCGCCCAACUUUUGUUGGGCAUGCCCGGCAUUGAGAUCGCCGCAAGACCGCUUCUCUACCCUCUGGCUAGCUUCGGCGACAGUGACAUUUUGACUCGGCUCACUUCCUUGGGAAGAAUACCUCCAACUGCCUCACCUUCCACAAGAACCAGCUUUAUGCGGAAAAUCACGAGCCGAUGCCUAGAUUACAGUAAAGAUUUUCCUUUGCAUGCUUUGCUGUAUGACAUGUGCAUGGGGCGGACGAUCACAUCCUUGAUCAGUGUGGCCAAUCAGAAGCAGAUCGCGCCAGAGCAUGCCUCUAUUCAUCAGGAUAUGUUUGAAGGCUACUGGUUUCUCCAGCUCAGGAAAAUGGAGGACGUUUGUCGAGUUGAAUAUGAACGUACUCAAGACGUCAGCAAGUCGCUACCGAACGUGUUCUUUACUGUCGCGCCAGCCGAAUGGCGGUACUUGUUGCCGCAUGGUCUGACAUUCGAUGCAUCUCUAUCCGAGCAGCAGGACCUGAUUACGCUGCACCUGCAUCAUACGCUGCAGACCUUGCUCGAAUCGCAGCUCCUCAAAAACCCAAGCAAACUCAAGUCCCUCGGCAUCGCUAAUGUCAAGCAUUGGAGCUAUCGUUUUGAGUUCCAGGCACGAGGGACAUUGCACGUGCAUGCAGUUCUUUGGGCUGAUCUCCUGCCUGGCUGGUCAGCGGCCGACCUCACUGCACGCAGCAACGAAACCACCAGCCCAUUCUUGGAGAUGCUCGAGUCCAUGUUCAAGUGCCGAGCUGACGUACAAUGCGGUGAAGGAACACACUGCCUUAUGCGCUACGUCGCGGGCUAUCUUGCUAAAGCUUCAGAUGCUCUGCAGUUCGUGAGUAAGCAAGCUGCCAGCGAGGAUAGCCGCUGGAAGCAAGCAUACCGUCUUUUGUGCAGGAAGUCACCGACCGAGCAGGAGAUCAUAAUGGAAUUCGCUGGGUUGUCCAUGGUCAAGCAUUCCUUCAGUGGUUUCGACUUGUACGCGCCCAUACCUGGCAGUUCAGCAACGAACAAUUCACGGCAGCAGUACCUCGCCUACCAGCGAUGCUUGAAAGAUGAUAUCAAAGAUGCCCGCAGUCUCACCUUCAUUCAAUGGCUACGACAAUAUCAAGUCGUCGGCUAUGGCAAGGAAAUGAACAUACAGCGCCGAAAUGUCGCCGGCCCGGCGGCAAACAAAACCUGCGGCGUGGCAAUAUCAUUUCCUUUUGAACUUCUCGACAUUUACAUAGGAGCCUGGGCUGCUUCGUGUUUGCCAGGAAUGACAGAGGAAAGACUUCUGCCGACGACCCCUCCGAACCUCCACAUCCCCGGCUAUGAACACGAGCUCGCCCGUCGUCGCUCUUUUGCAGCGCCGAAAAUGUGCGAGCAUCUUAAGGCUGCGCUAUGCCUGGACAUGUUCCAGCUUGAUGGCGCUGACCUCGACACGUACAAUCCCGAUCUCGAGAAGUUCUUCGCCAGCAUCGAACCCGAGCUCAUCUUACGAGGAAUCAAUGCCGACCGCAUUUCCACUUUCAAGGCUAAGAUCCAAGCGUCCAACCUGCUGUUGUUGAAGAUUCGUGAUGGCCUCGAGGACUCCGGAUUCUGGACAGCACACAAGUUGCCUGGCUUGCCACAACGACACUGGUCCGUAGAACAACAAGCUGUUCUCGAUUGGUUGAAAAAAGGACUAGCGAUCGACGAUGCUGCCAACACCCGCAACCGAAUCCUUCAGGUGUCAGGAUCUCCUGGCACAGGAAAAACCGAGGUAGUUAUCGCAGCCGCCAAGCUCGCGCUCGACGAUGACUGUCGCGUUCUCAUUGCAGGGCCUAUUGGCUUAUUGGUGGCAAUGUACAAACUGAAACUACCUGCAAGUGAUCGACUAACGAUGGAAACAAUUCACUCAGCAUUCAAGAUCACUCGGCUCGCUGACUCAGCCUACAUACCUCCAGGGCGACUUCGCCGAUAUGAUGUUAUCAUCUUCGAUGAAGUCUCGCAGAUUGAUGGCCAAGUAUGGGAGGAUCUUAAGGUAGCUCUUGGUGAACUUCAACCUGGUCCCUUGAUUAUGUUUGUAGGCGACUUCCAACAGUUGCAGCCUGUACACGGCCAGCCACAACUGCAGCUAGACUUGGACGCUCAGGUUGCUGCUGGGACUGUGGAUCGCAUUGAUCUACAGAACCACGGCUUUUCCAGAACCAUUGAUCCGGAAAUGCUGGAGUUCCUGCACAUCAUUCGAACUCAGCAGCCCUCCAGAGCGCAAUUGGAAUCUUUCUUCCUUGACAGACAGUGGCCCAACAAGCCUGAACAGGCAGCCGCUCGAGCUAAAGCCUGGGAGAAUGCCAACGGCAAGAACUUCAUGUUCCUUACAGUGACCAACAAAGCCGCAGAUACACUCAAUCGCGCUCGACUCAGCAUGGACUUUCCGAGAGAAGCAUCACUACUUGAUCAAGGAGCUGGUAUUCCAGGCGAAGCCAACAACGUCAUCCUGGCGCAAGGCAUGCGAGUCCGUCUGACGUACAAUGUCAAUAAAGACGAUGGUUUCGUCAACGGGAAUACUGGCACCGUGCGCCUGGUUCUGCGACGAGACGUCUUUGUGAUGCAGUCUGCCCAGAACACAUCGAUCUUGGUGUACCCGAUAACCCUCAAGGGACGCAAGCAUUUGCCGGUAGUAUACGGCUAUGCUACCACAAUGCGGAGGGCACAAGGAGCAACUUUGGAGGGCAUUGGUCUCUGGUUUGACCGGCGCCGCCCAGACCGAGGGUAUGCAUACGUGGGAACUUCCCGCGCCAAGCAAAAGCUCUCCGUGUUCCAUGUUGGCAGACUUCGGCAAACAGAUUGGCUACCGGUUGGUCUACCUCGAGAAGACGAGCACACGCAGCUCUCGGGGCUCAGCGAAUCCACUGAUGCUGAAGAUGAAGAAUCUUCCGAUCUUGAGUCCGACAGCACGGCCAGUUCCCCUGGAUUCGACGUCUCCACCGAUGAGUGA